AUGGCCGCAAAUAACAUUGUGGUUCUCGGAGCUGGAGUCUCGGGCUUGACAACGGCUUACCUCCUAUCCAAGGACCCGUCCAACAAGAUCACCGUGCUGGCCAAGCAUAUGCCAGGUGAUUAUGAUAUCGAAUAUGCUUCUCCCUGGGCUGGCGCCAACUACAUCCCAUACGGUAUUCUAACGGGCAAAGAAGGCAGUGUGCAUCAGCAAUGGGAAAUAGCCACAUUGGCCCCCCUAAAAGAGCUGGCAGAGAAACACCCGGAGGCAGGUGUUCACUUUCUAGGGACGAUUAUUUACAACCGUACCAAUGACCAGCACUCCGCCAUUGGGCAGCUGUUCUCAGAGCUGGUACAGCCGAAUCCGUGGUACAAGGAUGUCGUGCCUGAUUUCAAAGCCCUUCCGAAAGACAAGCUUGACCAAGGAAUCAACAACGCCCAAACGUUUACUUCGGUCUGUAUCAACUCGCCUGUCUACCUGUCAUGGCUAGUCGGACAGUGCGCGAAAGCCGGCACGGUCUUUAAGCGAGCCACGCUUAAAAAUAUUACAGACGCUGCUAGUGAGCAUCACUUGGGCCAAAAAGCCGAUGUAGUCAUUAAUUGCACGGGUCUCUCGUCUAAGUUCCUCAACGGGGUGCUAGAUGACAAGUUGUAUCCUGCCCGAGGCCAGGUUGUGGUCGUGCGCAACGACCCUGGGCUAAUGUCGUCUGUUUCUGGAACGGACGAUGGCGAUGACGAAGCAUUAUAUUUUAUGACUCGCGCUCUAGGUGGUGGCACCGUUCUCGGAGGAUCUUAUCAAAAGCACAACUGGGAUGCACUACCUGGCCUGAACCUCGCGAAUCGGAUAAUGAAGCGUGCGAUUGUGAGUGCGCCGCAGCUGGUCCAGAAGGGACAGGGGAUCGAGGGACUAGAUAUUAUCCGACAUGGUGUUGGGCUACGGCCGCUGCGAGAGGGAGGACCUGGUGUCGAGAAGGAUAACGUGGGCGGAGUCAAUAUUGCGCACAACUAUAGCCAUGGCGGGUUUGGCUAUCAGGCCUCGUUUGGCUGUGCGGAGGCUGCGGUAUCGCUAGUGAAGGAGGUUCUAAGGCAGAAGAAGGGAGCGAAGUUGUAG